GCCAAGUGCAGAAUGAAGAUGUUCACGUUUGCUGUAGUCCUAUUUUUUGCUAUCCUGGCAACAUCUAACUGCAAAAGGGAUAGAUGUCUGGAGGGGAGGACUCACAAACAUAGACCAAGCCCUGAGCUUGACAUGCAUGAAUGCACGCUGUACUCUGAAUCUUCCUGUUGCUAUGCAAACUUCACAGAGCAGUUGGCUCAUUCACCAGUAAUUCAAGUAGGCAACAGCUCCUGGAACAGAUGUGGGAAUCUCAGUAAAUCCUGUGAGGAUUACAUGAAGAAAAUUGAAUGCUUUUACCAGUGUUCCCCGCAUGCUGCUCAAUGGAUCAAUCCCAACUACACUGCUGGUAUUGAGUUUGUUCCUUUGUGCCAAAACUUCUGUGAUGACUGGUAUGAAGCAUGUAAAAAUGACUUCACUUGCGUCCGCAACUGGAUGACAGAUUGGGAGUGGGAUGAAAAUGGAGAGAACCACUGUCAAAAUGAAUGCAUCCCCUACGAUAAGGUGUAUGCAAAUGGGACUGACAUGUGCCAAAGCAUGUGGGGGAACUCGUUUAAGGUGAGCGAAUCCUCCUGUCUCUGCUUGCAAAUGAAUGAGAAGGAUGCAGUGGCGAUCAAGUAUUUAACUUCUGAAAGCUCGGAGGAGAGUUCCAGCAUCAGUAGCAGCGAGGAACGUGCCUGCAGACGUAAACUGCGAAAGACUGAGCUCCUAACGGAAGAGGAAAUGGUGGAAAUAGAGGUGUUUGAAAUUCUGUGACAGAAGGGACCUGGUUCUAAUUCUCCCUGAAGAUCCCCAGACUGAUGCCUCAGGAUGUCACAGAGAAUGUUCUGUUUCCAUUCUCCACCGCCAGUACUAUUGCCAAAGUUAAACCAAAAUCUGUACUAAUUGUAAGGGGACGUUAUCCUGAUAAUAGUGGAUCAAAUUCUGCCCUUGGUUACAGUUGUGCAAUCUCUUUGAUGCUCGUAAAGUGCCAUGGAUCUGUCUGUUUUUCUAAGUCACCUAUCACAGUACGGUGACCAGACAGCAAGUGUGAAAAAUCGGGAUGGAGGUGGGGGGCAAUAGGAGCCUAUAUAAGAAAAAGACCCAAAAAUCAGGACUGUCCCUAUAAAAUUGGGACAUCUGGUCACCCUAUAUCACAGUGAUGUCACCAGUGUAAUUCAAAGAAGGAUUUGGUUUCAACAGGCCAGAUUCUUGGCUGGUGUAAAUCAGAGGUAUGCUGAUUUACACUAGGUGAAGAUCUAGGCCAUAGCUUUUAAAAUAUCAUGGCUCAUAUUAGCAAUAAAAUGAAGCAUUUUUAAAAUCCAA